AUGCGCCCUACAUUCGCCACAUCUUUGGCCCUCUGGGCGGCAUCGACAACAUGCGCAUUCCAUGGCCCGACGCGCAGAUCCGCGACGUACGCGCUGCGCGCCGAAGCCCCGACGAAGACGGGCGUCGGCACGCCGCUCUUCGACAAGCGCGUGUCCGCCGACGCGCCGCGCGCGUCGGCCGUCGGCGCGGCGGAGAGCGCGCGCACGGAGCGCCUCGUCGCGGACCUGCAGUCCGCCGCGGGCGAGGCGAACAAGCAGACGUUCGCCGGGGCCGCGGGCCGCGCGCUCGCGCUCGCCGUCGCCGGGGGCCUCGCGUUCGCGCCCGUCGCGUGCGGGCUCCGCACCCUGGUCAACGACGAGGGCCUGGCGGUGCUCGCCAACGACGAGGGCCAGUACUUCCAGAACUACGUCAACGCCAUCAACGUCUUCUUCGCUUUGCUGCUCGCGAACACGUUCAACUGGCUCUACGGCCAGCAGGAGCAGCUCUUCAUCGCGCUCUUCGGCGAGGUGAGCGUCGCCAAGGCGCUGCUCGAGCAGGUCGCCUUCGUGAGCCGGGGCCGGCCGGCCUACGCGGCGGAGCUGCUGGGCUACGUCCGCGAGUACGUCGACGACGACCUCACGGCGAUCGACGACAAUCCCGUGAGCCGGCUCGUGGGCGGCGAGGGCGCGCGGAAGCGCGACGCGCUCGAGCGCGUCAUGUGGCUCACGUCCGUGGGCGAGCCCGGGCACAUCUACGACAGCGUCAAGGCGCUGCGCGAGGCCCGGGGCCGGCGCCUCGGCGCGCUCCAGCGGAAGCUGCCCCUCGCGCACUUCGCGCUCCUCGCGGUGCUCGGCGCGCUCGUGCUCUGCCUCUUCCCGCUGCUCGCCGCGGCGACGGGCGCCGCCGUGGCGGCCGGCGACGGCCUCCUCGAGGUCCAGGCGGUCCUCUUCGCGCUCAUGACGUUCGCCAUCGCGCUCACGCUCGACCUCCUCUACGCGUUCUGGGUGCCGUCGGGCUCCGCCUACAACGUCGACGGCAUCCUCCGCGUCAUGGUCGCGGGCCUCGACGCGGAGAUCGACGACCGCCUCGCGGACGCGCGCGGCCGCUCGGAGCGCGACGAGUUCUUCGCGGACGCGCGGGGGCUCUCGGACUACGAGCGCUACUAA